CCAUGUUUCACUAAUCCACUUCCCUCGAGGCCUUCAUAGCAGAAGCGCGAGGCGCGAGAGGCAACGGCGCUCAUCUCAAUCUUGCUUUAAUUUUAUCAGAAUUUUGUCUUUCUAGAGUGAACUGAAUCGCUGAAAUCUUCGAAUCCUAGAUUCCCUCUUCCUGGUCACAUAAGAAACGUCGAAAUGGCGGCCAUGGAGGUUGAAGUUAAAACAGCGGAAAAAGAAGAGGAGCAAGUGGUGAAUCCAUGGGAGGUUUCUGCCAAAGAUGGAGGCAAGAUCGACUAUGACAAGCUCAUCGACCGUUUUGGCUGCCAACGGCUUGACCAUUCUCAUAUUCAGCGGGUUGAGCGCUUGACUUCUCGUCCUGCUCAUGUGUUUCUCCGUCGCGGUGUUUUCUUCGCUCACCGCGAUUUCAAUGAAAUCUUGGAUGCAUAUGAAAGAGGAGAGAAGUUUUAUUUGUAUACAGGACGAGGACCAUCUUCAGAAGCUUUGCAUCUGGGUCAUCUGGUUCCGUUUAUGUUUACAAAGUAUUUGCAAGAUGCCUUUAAGGUUCCUCUCGUUAUACAACUCACGGACGAUGAGAAGUUCUUGUGGAAAAAUCUCAGCAUAGAGGAGAGCCAAAGACUUGCACGAGAGAAUGCUAAGGAUAUUAUUGCUUGUGGUUUUGAUAUUGCCAAGACUUUCAUUUUCUCUGAUUUUGAUUUUGUUGGCGGUGCAUUUUACAAGAACAUGGUACAGGUUGCAAAGCGUGUAACUUAUAAUCAGGCUGUUGGCAUUUUUGGUUUCACUGGAGAAGAUCAUAUUGGAAAAGUUAGUUUUCCACCAGUGCAGGCUGUUCCGUCAUUUCCCAGUUCAUUUCCUCACCUUUUUUCAGGCAAAGAGAACCUCCGUUGCUUGAUUCCUUGUGCAAUAGAUCAGGAUCCUUAUUUUAGAAUGACACGUGAUGUUGCUCCUCGGAUGGGAUAUCACAAGCCUGCCUUGAUAGAAUCGUCAUUCUUCCCUGCCUUGCAGGGGGAGACCGGAAAAAUGUCUGCUAGUGAUCCCAAUUCUGCAAUAUAUGUGACCGAUUCUGCCAAAGAUAUAAAAACUAAGAUAAACAAAUAUGCAUUCUCUGGUGGACAAGACUCUAUAGAGAAACAUAGGCAACUAGGAGCGAAUCUUGAGGUUGAUAUACCUAUAAAAUACCUCACUUUCUUCUUAGAGGAUGAUGCUGAGCUUGAACAUGUGAAGAAGGAGUAUGGAGCUGGACGCUUGCUAACUGGUGAGGUGAAGCAGCGCCUAAUUGAAGUUUUGACUGAAAUGGUAGAAAGACAUCGUAGAGCUCGGGCCGCUGUGACUGAAGAGAUGGUGGAUGCAUUUAUGGCUGUAAGACCGCUCCCCCAUAUGUUUGACUGAAGUUCUUCUCAUCUCACUAAUUAUUAUCUGCCCGAGAAUUGUUUGAAGAUCGAUGGCUGACUAGAUUUAAUAGGCUUUUGCAUUUUAAAAUAGAGUUCAUGAUAUGUUCUUUAUAAGAACUGUCUUCUAGAGAAGAUUUGUUAUUUUUGAAAGUUGUUUUUGUAUCAGAUUGAUCAUAAUUUAUUGUGAAUGCGGAUAAAGUGCAAAAGCAUGUUGCAAUGAAUCUUCACUUGGGGAAUGGCACAGCUGAAAAGUGGAAACGUUUUUGCCACUGAAUGUAUCGACAAUUUGGAUUCA